AUGCCAGAUUUGACACCAUCGAUUGGAAAUUUUCCAAAUAUAUCAUCGUCGUUUUCUGUUGUUAACAAAAUUAAAACGCACGGAGUUACUGGACCGAUAAGUUUGGAGGUACCGAAACCAGAGGAGUUAAAAUUAACUGAACAACUUGAUAUCCUUUUACACAACAAUGAUAUGUAUGAAACUCAGGAUGAAAUAAUUAAAAGAAUGGAUGUUCUUGGAAAAGUAGUUCAGCUUGUAAAUAUAUGGACAAAAGACAUGGCUGUUGCAAAGAACAUACCAAAGACAUCAAAUUUAGGAGCUAAGGUUUACACAUUUGGAUCUUACAGGUUGGGAAUUAAUGCUAAAGGAGCAGAUAUGGACAUGUUGUGUGUUGUUCCUCGCCAUAUCAACAGAAAUGAUUUCUUCGACUCGUUUAUGGAUAUUCUGAAAAAAGAGCCAGGCAUAAACGACUUGAGAGGCAUCGUGGAUGCAUUUGUGCCCGUCAUUAAGAUGACCUUUGAUGGUAUCGAAAUCGACAUGUUGUUUUCGAGGUUAGCACUAACAGAAGUUAAAGAUACACAAAACUUGAGGGAUGACAACAUACUGAGGAAUCUAGAUCAAAAAUGUGUCAGGAGCUUAAAUGGCUGUAGAAAUACCGAUGAGAUUCUGCAUCUGGUUUCGAACAUUGACAGUUUCAGAAUAACUUUAAGAGCAAUCAAAUUAUGGGCCAAAAAAAGAGGAAUAUAUUCUAAUGUUUUGGGAUUUUUGGGUGGUGUGUCGUGGGCAUUGCUGGUGGCCCGCAUCUGCCAACUUUAUCCUAAUGCUACCCCAUCUGUGCUAGUGCACAAAUUUUUUUUUGUAUUUUCCCAGUGGAAAUGGCCACAACCGGUUUUGCUAAAAGAGUGCAAAAUGUCUGAAACAUUUAGUGUUUGGGAUCCAAAGAAAAAUCCUUCAGAUCGCAGCCACCUUAUGCCAAUUAUAACCCCGUGUUUCCCAAGCCAGAACUCCACGUACAAUGUUAGUAUAUCAACCAGAGCCAUAAUUAUGGAUGAAUUUGUUAGGGGUUUCAAUUUAUCUUUGAAGAUUUUGAACAAAAAUGAUGAUUGGGAAAACCUAUUUAAGCCCAAUGACUUCUUCGAUAUGUACAGACAUUUCAUUGUUGUAAGGGCCAGCUCUCCCACUGCAGCCACUCACCUGGAAUGGUAUGGACUAGUUGAAUCAAAACUACGUUUCCUGGUGCAAAAACUGGAAGCUAAUUCAGUAAUAAAGCUGGCACACAUCAACACUAAAGGAUAUUUACCAAAAAGUGAUUCUACUGAACAGCAUUGCACACAGUGGUUUAUAGGUCUGACCUUUUCACAGGCUUCCGUGAAUGUCGACCUAACCUACGAGACACUAUGUUUCCACGAACAAAUAAGAUUAGCUCUUGGGCCUAAACUGAAGGAGGGAAUGAACCUGGAUGUGAAGUAUCUUAGAAGAAAGGAGUUGAUAAAUUAUUUGCCAGACAAUGUUCUACACACAAAAAGUAAAGGAAUCAAGAGAAAACAUACGGAUGAUAUGAAUAUAUCAGAUUCUUUGUCCCAAUCGACAUCCACCACUCCACGUGCAUCACUGAAGAACAGCAUUUCAGCCAGCGAGUCGCCAUUACCAUUAAGCAACAGUGACAUAGGCGCAGCCAGGAUCAGUCCACACAUAACGAACGAGCAAAGGUACAUGCCAGAACCUAAAAGAAUGAGAUGCAGUGCUAAUUCCCAUUCAAUUGGCCAAAUGCCCCAGUUAUAG